UGCUUGAUAAGAAGAAGACCAAAGCGCGAGUUUCUUGUGCAUGAGAGAAAUAGCAGCAGACGCCAACAAGAGGCCGCAAACAAUACUAUUAAUUUGUACAAAUUUUAUUUGAUCAGAAUCUUUAUUUCAUAAUUAGAAUGGGUAAGGAGAAAGCGGGCAAAACAUUUAACAUCGGCGAUUUGGUAUUCGCAAAAGUGAAGGGCUAUCCAGCAUGGCCAGCAAAAAUAACAAAGUACCACAACAAAAAGUAUAAUGUUUACUUUUAUGGUACCGGAGAGACCGCUAAUAUAAAAGUUGAAGAUUUAUUCACAUAUGUGGAUAAUAAGGAGAAGUUCGCUAAUCCCAAGAAUAUGAAACGUGCAAAAUUUAGCGAUGCCAUCGAUCAAAUUGAGAGCGCAUUGCGAGGCGAGGACUCGGCGCCAAUCGAUUUGCCAAGCAGCGGCAACGAUGAUGGCAAUGACAGCACCAUGGAGUCGGUGCUAGAUGUAACAACCGAAUCUGCUGCCAGCACUACUACAGUGGAUUCCGUGGCAGCUACGGAUAGCACCGAGGCAACGCAGCCAAUGCCGCCGAAAGCGCGUGGAGCGGCAGGAGGUGCGACAGCUGGUCGCAAGGCGAAGGCGGCACCAAAGCACGUGGAUGGCGAUACAGAGGAUGGUAGCACCGAUACAUUGGAGACGCCGCCGCCAACAAAGAGACGUGCUCCACCAGAAGGCAUUUCCGGCAAAAAGUCCGUAAAGAAAUCGAAGCCAAUGGCUGCGGUGACACCCAUGCAGAAGCGUGCGCGGCACUCAAAUGUCAUACAGAAUAAUCUGCUUAUGGUGUAUAUGCCUACGGCGAAAUGUUUGGGCAUCAAUAUGAACUACAAUAAGCCCGACAGCUUUGAGAGUCCGGCUGCGGAACAAGCCUGGUUGGAGAAGUCACGCAAGGAGGCGAUUGAGUUGAAAUUGAAACUGGAGUCGGGACAAAUCGAUGCGGAAUCAAUGCCGGAACGUAUUAUCAUUGAGCCAGUACGCAAUGAAAUACCCAAACAGGAGGCAGUGCGUUUCAUCGAGGAGCUCAUCGAGCAGGAGGAUGCGUUGUUUAUGGAACGUGAUUUUAUACAAUUGUCGCAGCAGCUGCGCGAAUGUCUGGGACUGCGGCGCGCCAAUGUGGGCCGAUGCCUGGAGAUUUUGGAGCAGUUGAAGGACAUUGAAUUGAAUAAAUUGAUGUUGCUGCGAAAUCCGGAAUGUGUGGACAUAAUGCGGCGGUUACGUCGCUAUGUGGGUAACUUGGAACUAUGGAAAAUGGAUAUAUCGGAUGAGCUGGAGUUCAAAGAGAAGGCGCAAAUCAUACGUAAAGUCUCGACAGGCAUAUACGAUGGCUUUAAGGCGGUAUUCAAUCCUGACAGCGAGCCGGAGGAGAACUUCUGGGUAGACUUUUGCGAAAAAGUUAAGAUCUACAAGAACUAUACGAAAAACAUCAACGAUAAUCUGCGCGUCUCGAUGAGCGAGAGUAGCUAUCAGAAUUUGGUCAAGAGCAAGGAGCAGGAGGAGGCCUCUUCCACGGAUUUGGUCGAAAACUGAGAGCAUCACCAGAUCCCAUCUAACAACUACUUAAGUUAACUUUAAGCAUAACAAAAAUUCAAUUCACACCUAAGCGUACAGAUGAAUGUGAGGCACCGAUUACUACUCUAAACCCUUCUCAGAGCCAUUGAAAUUGACAUUUGAAUCAAUUAAACUGGUUGCAAUUAGUUUUUUUUUUUAAUUUUAAUUAUAAUUACAUCAUCGGGCGCUAUCCUAUAACAGUAUGAACUACCACGUUUGAGAGAGCUGCAUCAGCAAUCCGUAAACAAACACACAUUCGCACACAUACACAUUCGCACACAUGCAUACCCACGCACACACAGACACUAUAAAUACAAUUGCAUAGAUUAUUAUGUUUAAAUACACAAUUAUGAAAAUAUGUGUAUAAAUAAAUAAACACUUGACGAUAUCUAUUUGCUGUGUCUUGUCUGCGCGAAGUGAUUGAUGGAUUGACGAAGGAUGAGCUGAAACAGAGGCAGAGAUUGAGCAGGGAAGCAUAUAAUCGGAACAACAAAUAUAUACAUAUGAUUAACUAGAUAAUAGUGAGUUUAUAAAUACAAUUAUUUUCUUGAUCGAUUGAUUGACAACGGAAAUGGAGAUCGAGCAGAGAUAAGAUGUGUAUAUAUGACUAAAAUUGUAUUCAAAAUUUUCUAAUUGAUUGAAUGUUUUUUGAAAGAUAUAAAAGCAUUAUCAGAGCAAUACUAUAUGUUCUUUAUGAGAAGGUACAGUUUGUGGGAUAUACAUAUCCGCAAACUGGGGAUAAACCUAUAUUAACUAAGGAAUAUAGAAUAUGGAUAUGGAAUAUUAAUUGAUAGCUAUCAAACGUAUUAGAAUUAUACAGAUAAUAGUUUAAGCAUUCGCCGAUCGCCCUUCAGUCCUAAAAGAUUUCGCCAAAUCAAUUUAAAAAUAUUUAACUAAAAGCCCAAGUUUCUUAAACUGUCCCAAUUUAGGUUUACCCAGUAAAAUGUACAUUAAAUAAAAUAUUUUCGAAAUUAAA